CUUCUUUAUUCCCAUUUACUUUCCUUUAAUCAUCCCCUUCUUCUCUUUAAUAUAAUCAUCAUCAUCAUGUUCAAGACUGUUCUCCUUGCUAUUGCCUCUGCUGCUCUCGUCUCUGCUCAAAGCAUUGUUAGUAUCACCUCUCCUCUUGGUAACAACGUUUAUACCGCUGGUGGUCAAGCCACUAUCACCUGGACCAACCCUACCGUCGAUGUGAUCCCUCAAAUCGAAUUGUCCAAGGGUCCUAGCACCGCCCUUCAACCCGUUUUGCAAGUUGCUACUAACGUUUCUGCCAAGGAUAUGCAAUACACCUGGAACAUUCCUACUACCGUUGCCGCUGGUAGCGACUAUGCCUUCGUUCUCGGUAUCUCUCCUAACCUUUCCUACUCUGGUCAAUUCACCAUCAAUGCUGCUGGUGGUUCCGCUGCUUCUGGUUCUUCCAGUGCUUCCACUCCUGCCUCUAGCUCUGCUGCCGCUGGUUCAUCCUCUUCUUCUGCUGCUGCCUCUGGUUCUUCUGGUUCUUCUGCUGCUUCCAAGCCUUCCUCUUCUCCUUCUUCCAGCCCUGCCAACUCUGCUGCUGGUAAGUCUGCCCCCGUUGCUGUCUCUGCCAUGGCCAUCGUUGGUGCUGCCGCUAUUGCUUUGAUGUAAGCAAAUAAAUAUAGUCAGUAGUUUAGUCAGUAUAUCAUUUUAUUCUUUCCUCCUUCUUUUAUUAUAUAUGAUGAUUUCUUUCUUACCAUUCUGUUUGUGUUAUCUCUAUUAUUAAUUUCUCAAUAAAAAAUCAACAACUUUGUAAUACCUUU